UUGUUGCAGUUGGGGUCGUUCGAUAUAGAAUUGCCAAUUUUGAAUAUCAAUGAAUAAUGUCGUAAUUAUUAAACAAUUUACAUAAAACUUCAACACACAGUUGUGUUUACAACAUUCAACAUAAUUAUGUCUGAAGGAUCCUGCUGCUAAAGGUUUUCUCAGCAAAAAAUAACUCGUGGAAGCUGUAUAUUCAAAAAAGCAAUGGAAAAGGAAGACCGGGGACGAAUAGUGAGAGGGUAAUAACCGGGGAUAUGUGAAACUAUGCUGAGGGUGAGCUACGAUGGGGACGAUUGUGGCUGAGGAUGUGGACAUGUGUGCUGGGAGUGCUAUUUGUGAUACAAGGCGCCACCCCCGGCCCCCGGUACAGUUCAAGAAUUGUAGAGACUCAGAGCGGACAGAUAAGAGGGAUUAUUCAAGAGUUGCCUGUGCCACACCUGGAGCCGGUAGAGUGUUUCUUAGGCGUCCCCUACGCCACACCACCAGUAGGAAACCUACGACUCCGACCACCGAGACCUCCACUGCCUUGGAGCGGCACACGCUUGGCAGACACCCAGCCGCACGCCUGUCCGCAGAGAUCCCCCUUAUCCGCCAAUGCUACAGUCGCACUACUCAGCAUGCCAAGGGACCGCUAUCAGCACUUGAGGCGACUUGUGCCCUUGCUGAGGAAUCAGAGCGAGGACUGCCUCACUCUCAAUGUCUAUGUGCCUGCCAGUGGAAGCCGUGGAGAGGAAGCGCCAUAUGCCAUAAUGGUCUAUAUUCAUGGCGAGUCGUACGAGUGGGGAGCCAGUCAUGUUUAUGACGUCAGCGUGUGGGCCAGUCAGGGUCACGUGAUUGCUGUCACCAUCAACUACCGCUUGGGACUCUUGGGUUUCCUGAAGACCCACAGUGGGGCGAAGUCCUGCUGCUUCGCAUUACGCGACAUAGAGGCGGCAUUGGUCUGGAUCCAGACGAAUAUCGUGUCCUUUGGCGGCGACCCGCGAAGAGUGACUCUUGUCGGACAUGACACAGGCGCUGCCCUAGUCAACAGCCUGCUACUGGCAGACACUGCGGCAGGUCUUUUCCACCGUGUCAUACUGCUGUCAGGGUCUAUACUAUGUCCCUGGGCGGUCGCCUCAAAACCAGACUCCACAGCACGCCAGGUCGGCGCUCUCCUCGGUUGUCCCUCGGACACCGACCUCGCCGAGUGUCUCCGACGCGCUCCUCUCUCCAAGAUUCUCACCCUCGACCUCCAAGCACCACGCUUCCUCUCAGUAUACGGCCCCUGGUUCGCCACAGACCCACAGACGUCCUUGGAUCGUGCCGGUGAUUCUUUCAUUUCCAGACCAGUCAUGGUAGGUGUCGUAUCCACCGAGAGCUACCUCGACCUCAACUCUCAUCAGGUGCAGUUAGGUUUUGAGGAAGACCAAAGGAACAGGAUUCUCAGAACGUUCAUCCGGAACACAUACCUGUAUCACCUGAACGAGCUGUUCUCUACGGUGAGGAACGAGUACACUGACUGGGACAAGCCUAUCAUACACCCCAUCAACCUGAGGGAUUCCACCCUGGAGGCGCUCAGCGAUGGUCACACCGUCUCUCCCAUGGUACACUUGACCGUCCUACACUCGAGGAGAGGAUCAACAACCUUCCUACUGCACUUCAAUCACCAGACUAGGGAAACAGAUUAUAUCCAGAGGCUUGGAAGUUUGAGGGGCGAAGACCUGCCGUACGUCUUGGGUGUACCUCUGGUGGGUGGUCUUCCCCUUUACCCAGGGAAUUACACCCGAGCUGACGCAGCGGUCUCUGAAACAAUUCUUAGUUUUGUUACUAACUUUGCUAAAACUGGGAAUCCCAAUGAACCAAAAUUUGAGCGCAAUGAGUUCGGAGUCCUAAAGGAGAAGGACGUCCACAAGGGACUUACUUGGGAACAGUACAAUCCCAACAGUCAACUUUACUUAAGUCUUGGACCAAAGCCACGGAUGAGAAGUCAUUAUCGCGGUCACAAGAUGUCCGUGUGGCUCAACCUUCUACCUCAGCUUCAUCGGCCUGGAGACCGAGAUGUGGCCAUGAGACACCACUACUUCUUUCAGCGGAAUAACACCCACUAUGACGGAAUCGUGAGACCGGAAGUAGUGACUCGCAUUUCCCUUCCUCCUUCCACUUCCCCUCUGCUACCCACGGAGGACUGUGACAACUCCUCUACUGUGGAGCAAGACGGCGAACCACAGCCUAGCACAGAGGAACAAGGAACUCCCAGAAAGUCCUCCACACACCAAGGAAGAGGCCUCCUAGCCACGGUUGCUGCGGGAGGACUCCUAGCAGCUCUGAACCUGGCUGUUCUGGUAGCCACAGUGUGUCGGGCGCGACGUCGAGUCUCCAGACCGAAUCCUCACGACCUUCUCCAGCUACACAGUCCUGAGAUUGACCUAACUUGUCCGUCCCCUCACAGAAGAGUUCAUCUUGAAGACGAAAUUUCAGUUUAGUUCAACCCGAUAUCCUAAAUUCGAGUCGAAUAGGACGUUUUGCUAUACCUUGCACUACAAUCACAGAAGACAUACAGAAAAAGGGCUAAAAAGGAAUAGGCAAGAGCGAUAUUGUGGAAGAAAUAAUCCGGCUGUUAAUUUCAUCCUGCAGACAGGGGAAAUCAAUUACACAUUACUUGAUUAUUAUGUUUAUUAUGUUAAACAUUGUGCUAAAAUUUCCUUUACAAUUAAUUCUAUUGAUACAAAAUAGAAAUAGGCAUAUUUAAAAAGUAUUAUGGAGUCUAUAGCCCUGUUUGGGUGAUGUUUAAAAUAAGUCA